AUGGAAAAGCGCAAAAGAGGAGUCGUGACGAUCCUAGGUCGUUGUUACGGGAAUGUCAAACGUCUUCUGACUCUCUUGAGGACUAAAUUCGAGUGCACCUGCGAAAUUUACGAUGCGGAAGGAGCUGUAAGUGCGGGGACUACAGGGAGAACGGAUGGGGCAGGGAAAGAUGGAGAGUUAUGAAUGAUUAUAGUCAAAAUGCAGCGGCAGUGCUGGGUUACCACGAUCUAAAUGAGUAUGUAUGACCUGUUAAUUCAGGUUGACUAGGAAUUUUUAUGGGAUGAAGAAGUGCUAGCGUUCCUACUCUAAGUCGAGCGUGCA